AUGUCAACCACUGCAUCUUCUUCCAUCCUCAGACGAGCUCUCCUCUACGUCCCAUCCUCCUCCCCCAAAUUCCUCGAGAAAUCCCGCUCCCUAACCGUAGACACCAUAUCCUACGACCUAGAAGACAGCGUCUCCCCCGCCCAAAAGCCCAACGCUCGCACCAGACUCCUCUCCUUCCUUUCUUCCUCCCCCCGGCCCCCCCACAUCACCGAGCUCUCCGUGCGCAUCAACGCCGUCUCCUCGGGCCUAGCCCUUGAAGACCUAACCACCAUCCUGCGCGCAAAGCACCUUGACGCCAUCGUUGUGCCAAAGGUAAACAAAGCCUCAGACCUGCACUUCAUAACCGACAUCAUCCGACACACGCUCCCCGAACCCAAGGAGAACCCGCUUAAGAUCCUAGCAUUGAUAGAAUCCGCAGAGGCAAUCACGAAUCUGAACGAGAUAUGCCGCGCGUCGCCCUACCUCGACGGCUUGAUAUUCGCCGCUGAGGACUUCGCGCUGGAUCUCUCGCUCACGCGAACGCCGUCUCUGACGGAAUUUCUGUAUGCGCGCUCCGCCAUUGCAACGUCGGCUAGGGCGCAUCAUUUGUCGAGUACGAUUGAUCUGGUGUGUACGUCGUUCAGGGGGGAGGAGGGCCAGAGGGUGUUGCGGGAGGAGUGUUUGCAGGGGAAGGGGCUAGGCUUUAAUGGGAAGCAGUGUAUCCAUCCGUCGCAGGUUGAGAUUGCGCAGCGGACGUUUGCGCCGGGUGAGAAGGAGGUGGAGUGGGCUGUGAGGGUUGUGGUUGGGGAUGAGAAGGCGGAUGUUAAGGGGCGCGGAGCGUGGACGUUAGAUGGUAAAAUGAUCGAUGUGCCUGUGGUUGGGAAGGCAAAGGCUACGGUGGAGAAGGCGAGGUUGUGUGGAAUGGAUGUUGAUGCUAUCAGAGAGAAAUGGAAAGAUCAGGAGCCGGAAUGA